AGAAAGAGAGGUGGGAGAACGAAAGUAGCGCGAGCAGAGAAACUUGGGAGUCUCUGAGCCGUUUCCGCUGGAGCCUAAACCUUGGCUGGAGAUCCCGUUUGGAAAGAAGGAUCAGGCUUGCUCUUUUUUUUUUUUUUUUUUCCCCUUUAUUUUUUUCUUUUGGGUCAACGAUGGGAUUCCACCGCUCCAUCCGCGUCUUUCUCCUCACCAUCCUCACCGCUCUCACUUCAGCUCUGGGCGCCAGCAGCUAUUACUGUGAAGAACCCCUGCUGGCAUCCCUUUCCCCUGCCUCCUUCCAGAGUUCAUCAAGGUCUUCUGACAGCCACUCGCCUCACUUCGCCAAACUCCACACCAGAGACGGUUCUGGUGGAUGGUCUCCAGACAGUGAGGAUCGUCGGCCCUGGCUGCAGAUGGACCUGAGAGACCGGCUGGAGGUGACUGCAGUGACCACUCAGGGCAGAUGGGGCAGCACAGACUGGGUGAGCAGCUAUCAGCUGCAGUACAGUGACUCGGGAAAGACAUGGAGAUCCUACAGACAAGAAAACAUGCCAUGGACGUUCACAGGGAACUCGGACUCCGACUCAGUGGUCCAGCACAAGCUCCUGCACUCCAUCAGGACUCGAUUUCUGCGCCUUUUGCCCCUGGAAGGAAACCCCACCGGCGGAGUCGGCCUCAGACUGGAGAUCUAUGGCUGCAGUUACAAGUCUGAUGUGGCGGAUUUUGAUGGACACAGCGCUCUGCUGUACCGCUUUAAUCAGAAAUCGACGAGCACGGUGAAGAACGUGAUCUCGGUGCGCUUCCGGAGCAGGCAAGCCGACGGAGUUCUGCUCCAUGGAGAGGGCCAGAGAGGAGAUUACAUCACCCUGGAGCUCCAGAGAGGAAGACUUGCACUGCAUCUUAACUUGGACGACGCUAAACCGCAGUCCAGCGCUAGACACACUUCGGUGGUGAUGGGCAGCCUGCUGGAUGACCAUCUCUGGCAUUCCGUCCUCAUCGAGCGCUUCAACAAGCAGGUGAACUUUACGGUGGACAAAGACAUGCAGCAUUUUCGCACGCAGGGCCAGGAGGACUCUCUGGAGGUAGACUAUGAGCUUAGUUUCGGAGGAAUCCCUCUACCAGGCAAACCCGGGACCUUCCUGAGGGAGAACUUCCACGGCUGCUUGGAGAACCUGUACUACAACGGAGUGAACAUCAUCGACAUGGCGAAGAGACGCAAGCCGCAGAUCUACACCGUAGGCAAUGUGACUUUCUCCUGCUCCGAGUCGCAGCCAGUGUCCGUGACAUUUUUAAGCGCCACCAGGAGUUUUCUGGUUUUUCCGAGCGACUUCGCAGCGGACGUUCUGUCCUUACGCCUCCAGUUGCGCACCUGGAUUCGGGACGGCCGUCUGCUUACCGUCCCGCUGAGUCAGGGCCCAAAGUCAUCAUCUCUCAUCCUGCAGAUCAGCGAUGGGGUUCUGCUGCUUGUCUUGAGAAGGUUCCUACAAGACACUGCUCAAAUUAGCACCGUUUCAAGUGUGUGUGACGGACAGUGGCAUUCGGUGGCACUAGAGCUUAAAGGUCAGCAGGUCUAUCUAACCGUCGACAAUCAGAAGCCAGUGCUCAUGGAGAUCCCUCAUCUCAUCACCAGCUUGCAGAAAACAAUGGUUGUAUUUGGAGCUUGCCCGCUAUCGCAGUACGAACUCGGCUGUGAGAAACCUCGUCUGGGUUAUCAGGGGUGCGUCCGUCUGCUCUUUCUCAACAACCAACCCAUCAACCUCAGCAGAAUUCAACAGGAGAAACGCGCCAACUUCAGCGAGCUCAGCUUCGACAUCUGCGGCAUCCGAGACAGAUGUGUUCCUAAUUUCUGUGAACAUGGUGGAGUUUGCUACCAGACCUGGGACAACUUCUACUGCAACUGCUCUGGAACAGGCUACAUGGGUUCAACCUGCCAUAACCCGAUAUACGAGCGAUCGUGUGAAGCAUACAGAAAUACAGCAAGUCCUUCCGGGGUUUUCACAAUCGAUCCUGACGGCAGCGGGCCCCUGGAGUCCACACAAGUCAACUGUACAACUCGAGGAGACCAGACGUGGACAGUCAUAGGCCACGAUCACUUACAGCCUGUUAGCGUUCAAGGUUCCACCCCCAGAAGCCCUUAUGUCCUCAUUUUCAACUACUCGAUCUCACCUUAUCACAUCCGGUCCUUGGUGGCGUCGUCAGAGCAUUGCCAGCAGGAAGUGACGUAUCGCUGCAGGAAGUCUCGCCUCUUUGACACUUGGGAUGGCACUCCGCUGUCGUGGUGGCUGGACAGGGACGGUGUUAAGCGGACGUAUUGGGGAGGCUCGCUGCCCGGAGUCCAGCAGUGCUCCUGCAGCCUAGAAGGCAACUGCAGGGACAUGAACUACUUCUGCAACUGUGACGCUGACCAGGAAACAUGGGUCAACGAUACGGGCCUGUUGUCUUACAAAGAUCAUUUACCGCUCAGCGAGAUCGCCAUCGGAGAUGUUUAUUAUAUUGUUUCCUGUCCCCCAAUGUCCUCAGGAUUUCUGUGGAACUCGGCCUCGUUUUUCUUGGAGUCCUCGUAUCUGCAUUUCCCGACGCUGCAAGCCGAGCUUAGCAUCGAUGUCUCUUUUUAUUUCAAGACUAGCGCUCUGUCUGGUCUCUUCCUGGAGAAUGUCGGAGUGCAGGACUUCAUCAGGCUGGAGCUGAGCUCUCCAUCCGUCGUCACUUUCACCUUUGACCUCGGGGACGGCCCGGUGGUCUUGACCGUAAGGUCUCCGGUGCGCCUGAAUGACAGGCAGUGGCAUUACCUACGAGCGGAAAGAAACGUGAAAGAAGCAUCGUUGCAGGUCGACCUGCUGCCGCUUCAGGUCACCGAGGCAGCAGCUGAGGGGCAGCACCGACUCCAGCUCAACAGCCAACUCUUUGUUGGAGGAGCACCCACCACUCAGAGGGGCUUCCUAGGUUGCCUACGUGCCCUCAGCAUCAAUGGGAUGACCUUUGACCUGAACGAGCGAGCCAAGGUGACGCCCGGCAUGAAUUCCGGUUGCCCGGGUCACUGCAGCAGGGACAGUUUGUGCCACAAUGGAGGAAAGUGUUUGGAAAACAGGAACAGCUACGUAUGCGAUUGCACGCACACGGCUUUCACGGGAGCCAACUGCAAAACAGCGAUCUCUGCGUCUUUUGAGAGAGGCACGUCUGUGACGUACGCUCUUCAGGAACCCUAUUCUGUAAUGAGGAACCAGGAUCCGAAACAACAGGCGAGAAAUCAGCACGCGGACAUGGCUCGGUCCCGGGAGAACGUGGCGUUUGGGUUCUUGACCAGACAGGUGCCGGCUUUGCUUUUGUCUGCACAGUCCUAUGACCAGCGCUACAUGGCGAUUAUACUGACCCAAAAUGGCAGUUUGCAGAUCUGGUACAGGCUGAACCAGGAGACGGGUCCGGACACGUUCCGUCUUAAACCUGCCAAUCUUGCUGACGGACGCUUCCACUGGGUCCGAAUAAAUCGUGAUGGAGAUCAGCUUCAUGUUCAGAUCGAUAAUACAGUGCUGCAGCAGUACAGUCUGUCUCCUGGCUCUGCUCUUGCUCCGGUCAGGAUUUUAACACUGGGACGAAUCCGAGGAAGUGACAUCACUGAUGAGGAAGUGCUCCGUGCCGGCUCGAGAGGAUUUGUCGGCUGUCUCUCGUCCGUCCAGUUUAAUCACGCCUCUCCUUUAAAAGCAGCGCUCCAGAACAAGGGGAGCUCCACCAUCAGCGUUCACGGCCGGCUGGAGGAGUCUGACUGCGGCACAAAAUUGCACCCCGACCCUCACGUUACUCCCGAUGAAGACUCAGAUGAGUCAUCACAAUCAGACCGAGGUAAAGCGCCUCUGACGAAGGUCGCUCAGAGUGACUCAGCGCUAAUCGGAGGAGUCGUAGCCGGCGUCGUGUUUACGGCGCUGUGCGUGUUGGCCGUGUUGAUCCGCUUCCUCUACCAGCACAGGGAACCCCGGCCUCGACCUGCUGCCGCCGUCGUCAAGAGCAAAAGACCCAGUCUGGAUGUGGAACCGUGCAAACCGAGUCCCGUCAGCAAGGAAUACUUCAUCUGACAGGAUCUGACUUCCGCAUGCACACGAGUUGCGUCAGGUGCAGAAGUGCGGCUCUUCACAGCUGCACACAAGCGCUUGACCCUAAGCCUUUCUGACACUUCAAUGCUGUUGUUUUAAUCCAGGCCUCCUGUCGGAGUCAGGAAGUCGGACAGGAUGACAGGGUCUGCAUGCAGGAGACUCCCUCCAGUCGCUGGAUAUGUGCUCACCGAUAUGCGAGAGUUUUGAAACGGUGCCAAUUUUGUGCCAGAUGUGUGCUGUCGGGAAGCAGUACGGUAUACACCCACACUCACACACUUUGUCACUUACAAACAGUUCCCUCUCGAGAUUCGAUCUGACAAGGACACUUGACGUUCUGGCGGCUAAAAUACACGACUAUUCACGUUUCAAGAUCAGUUGCGUAACGAGGAUCCGACCAAAUAAGACAAUCAGUUCAACAUUAAAAACGGAACUAGCAAGCGAUCAGUGGGGAAACGCUCGGCGUCUGUCCUCGGCUGCCCGUCGGGUCGCGGCCGUAACGCAGCUCAGUCCUCGACUUAAACGAUUCGCCUGAAAAAAAAAACUUUCGAUCAUGUACGUUAUCCACCACCUUGUCAUGACCCCGCCCCCUGAGACAAUUCAACGAUUUCUUACUUAAAAUUUAUUUCUUUUGGUCAGGGGAUCGGUUUUCUAUAUGGCUCUUGUUGUAUAUGACUGUUUAUCGAUUUCAUAAGUAUAUUUAAUAAAAAGAGCUUUUUUUUUUUCUCAAA